AUGGCGACGCCCACCUUAGACGAAAAGCUGGACAAGAUCCGGUCACCGGGUCUUCAGAGCCAGAAGAGGAGAGUGGUUAUUCUCGAGGCGGUCGACGCAACGCUGAAGGAACAGAAUACUGCGCCCACGCCGACGGGAUAUUUCGCUGCCCUGCUUGGCCUUCUCAACCAGUCCGUAGAGAGCGGCAACGUUAACUCUGAGACGACCACGUCGGUGGUCUACCUCCUUGAUGUCGUCACUCCAUACGCACCGCAACCAUUGCUUCGAUCCAAGUUUACCCAGAUCUUAACGCUCCUGGCGCCCGUUCUCAUCCUCCAAGAUGCCGAGCCCAUUCUUCUCAGGUCGUCUAUUGGGUGCCUGGAGUCCCUGCUUCUUGCCCAAGACACGGCUUCGUGGGAUCUAGGGGUAACCCAAAUCGGGCCUCGGCGAGCUGUCGCUGGUCUUCUCAAACUCGCCCUGGACGGCAGGCCCAAAGUCAGAAAGCGCGCUCAAGAUGCGCUGAAACUAGUCCUCAAAAACCCUCCGCCAAGCCCGUCGCUCGAUCAUCCCGCCGCCGACAUGUGCGCCCACACGGCGCUCUCCACCUUGGAGGAGAUGGCGGCCAAAGUCACGCAGGCGAAGAAACAAAAGAAGUCUUCCGAAUCUCCUCAUGAUCCAGCCUUGAUCCAUGCGCUGCAGCUGGUCAAGACUGUCGCGUCUGCGAGCGGCGGUUGGCCAAGCAAGAAAAUCGAAAACCUCUGCGAGUUGCUGUUGGGUAUCGCGCGGACCGGCAACGAGUAUAUGACCGUGGCGACCUUUGAGAUCUUCGAGAUGAUCUUUGAGGGCAUGGCGGACGAGGUUGCGUCGGCCAAGCUACCGAGACUGAUGGAGAUCAUCUCCGAAUUGCGCCCCGCCGCCAACGAUACGCAGCUUGUUCCCCCAUGGCUCGCCAUCCUGUCACGGGGGUAUGACGUCUCCGCUCAAUUGGAGCCUGAGGAGACAUUCCAAAAACUGCCAGAUAUCUUCUCCUUGGUUUUGGGCUUCCUCGAGUCACCUGCGCACAAUAUUCGCAUUUCGGCCUCCGAAUGUCUUGUGUCCUUCAUGGCAAAUUGCAUUCCUACGUCGGUCAUUCUAGAGCCGUCCGUAUAUGACGAGAAGACGUUGGAGAAGGUUGCCAAGUUGGUCGAGUCUCUCCUCAACGUCAAAUUUCAGGCGGCUUGGAUGGAGAGCUUCAACGUGUUCGGUGCCAUGUUCGAUGCGCUCAGGUGGAGGGCCCACCCUAUGAUGCUCAACAUCCUCAAAGCUGUGGGUGACCUGCGGAGCACUGACUCUUUUAACGGGAAAAAGGAAGCCGACGAGGUUAUUGGCAAGGCCAUCAGGGCAAUGGGACCGGAGGCUGUCCUCUCCGUGCUACCCCUAAACCUGGCUAAACCUGCCAAGGGCCAGCCUGGCCGUGCCUGGAUGUUCCCCUUGCUGCGCGACUACAUAAGCAACACGAACCUUGGUCAUUUCCGGCAAGAAAUGGUGCCUCUGAGCGAACUGAUGUUCCAACGAGUUCUAGACCAUGGCGAAGCCGAGAAGACGAUGGAAGUGAAGAUUUUCGAGACGUUGGUGCAGCAAAUCUGGGCGACAUUGCCGGGUUAUUGCGAUCUCCCUCUCGACUUGCGAGAAGCAUUUGAUCAAAGCUUCGCAGAACUCCUAGCAAACAUUCUUUAUAAGCAGGUUGAACUGAGGCUCGAGGUGUGCCGUGCUCUGAGAACACUCAUUGAAUCCAACCAAGCCAUCGCAAAACUGGAGAACGACGCAGACGACAUGAUUCUUCAGAGCCGCGUCUCUCGCGAGACGGCCCAGAAGAAUUUGGAUUACCUCGGCGGAUUCGCCGGCAACAUGCUGGCCGUGCUCUUCAACGUGUACACCCAAACGCUACCGCAGAGCCGCGGUCCGAUCCUCCUGUCCAUCAACGCAUUCCUCAGCGUGACCCCGGCAGAGGAACUCAGAGAGACUUUCGACAAGGUGUGCCAGAUGCUCGCAGCAGAGCUCCAGAAGGAGCCGGAGCAGGCGGAAAAGGCGAAGUCCCAAAAGGGGAAAGAGCCAAUGCCCUCAACAAGUAACACGCUGAUGGAUCUCAUCAUAACCAUGUCCAUCUAUCUUCCUCGGGAAAGCUUCGCUGCGCUCUUUGAGAUGGCGGCAGUCGUCAUUGUGAAGCAAGACGAGCCUCAGUUGCAGAAGAAGGCGUACAAGCUCAUCCCCCGUCUUGCUGAGUCGGAAAUUGGGAGACGGGCACUACAGGAGAGGUCGGCUGAAUUGCAGAGCCUGCUCCUUUCGAGUGCGGAGAAAGUGUCGGUCCCUGCACGAAGGGAACGCCUCGCGGCGCUCAAUGCCCUUCUUCCCUUCAUCCCCGACACGUCGCUCCAUUUUAUUCCGUCAAUCUUGAGUGAGGUGGUCAUCUGCUGCAAGGAGAACAAUGAACGCGCCCGCGAGGCGGCGUUCGAUCUUUUGAUCCAAAUGGGCAAGAGGAUGACGGAUGCCAACGGAGCGACCAUCGAUAAUACCAAGGUCCCGCAUAUGCCGAAAGACGCCCCGCCAGGCACAGCUAACAUCGAGGAGUAUCUCACCAUGGUCAGCGCAGGUCUCGUUGGCGCUACUCCACACAUGAUUUCGGCCUCCGUCACCGCGCUCAGUCGUGUACUGUACGAAUUCAGGCCAAUACUGAGCGAGCAGACUCUAUCCGACCUGGUGCAGACCAUGGAUCUUUUCCUGACGUCCAACAACCGAGAAAUCGUCAAGAGUGUUCUGGGUUUUGUCAAGAUUUGUGUUCUCAGUCUGCCGACGGAGAUGAUGCUGAAUCGUCUGCCCACGCUGACGCCCAAUCUGAUCAUCUGGAGCCACGAACACAAGGGGAACUUCAAGAGCAAGGUCAAGCACAUCCUGGAGCGCAUGAUCCGUAAAUUCGGGUUCGACCUCGUCAACAAGUAUUGUCCGGAUGACGAUCGGAAACUCCUGGCCAACAUCCGUAAGACCAAGGCCAGGAACAAAAGGAAGAAGGACGCCGCGAAACAGGCGGGUGAGGACGGGAGCGACGACGAGGAUGCGAAGCCCUCCAGGAAGUUCGAGAGCGAAUACGACCAAGCGCUGUACAGCAGCGACUCGGACGAGUCGGGCGCGUCGGACGACGAAGGUGGCGGCGCGGCGAGGAACGGUCGGAAGGGCGGAAACAAGAAGGGCGGCAACGCGUACAUUGUCGAGGACGAGGACGAGCCACUGGACCUGCUGGACCGCAAUGCGCUGGCGAACAUCUCGUCGACCAAGCCCGUCAGAAUCAAGCAGCCGGGCAAGACGAAGGCCAAGACGGACCUGGACGGCAAGUUGAUCCUCGGCCAGGCGAGCGACGACGAGGGAGACGCCAUGGACGUCGACGGCGGCGGCGCGGGAGAGUCGGGCGUCAAUGCGUACGUUGCCGCGCUUAAGGGCAAGGAUGUUGCGCGUCGCGGUCGUGGCGGCAGGCUGAAGUUCAGCAACAAGAAGGGCAAGGACGACGAGCCCAUGGACCAGGAUAUGGAUGAAGAUACCGCGGCUGCUGUGAAGGCACAGGUAAAUAAGAGCCGCGGAGGCGGACCUGGUGACAAGUUCCGUGGCCGUGGUGGGCGUGGAGGAGGACGUGGAGGAGGACGUGGAGGAGAACGUGGAGGGCGUGGAGGGCGUGGAGGGCGUGGCGGAAGAGGCGGUAUUGCUUCAGGCCGGAAGGGACUGGGCGAAGAGAGAAGGAGAGGGGGAGGCGUAAUGCACGGUGGUAUUAGCAAAUCUCCCCGGUCACGGAGGUAG